CGUUGAAAAACUCAUUUUCUCAUUUCCCAUUUGCCAGAGCUUACGUUUUCGCAUUACCUUCUUUCAUUUCAUUUUCUAUCUUCCCAACCCACCCUACCAAACAUUUCUUUCUUCUUCACUUAAAUCCUUACUUCGAUCCAACUUUCCUUUUCUCUCCUCUUCUACUUUCAUGGCGAAUGGAGGAUCUAUCAAUCCCGGAAUUCGUCUAGAUAUUCAGCAACUACAAUCAGAUGCUCGACAUCGAUGGCUGCGAGCAGCUGAAAUUUGUGAAAUUUUAAGGAAUCACCAAAAAUUUCAAAUUUCUUCGGAACCUCCAAAUCAACCUUCAAGUGGGUCACUCUUUCUUUUUGACCGUAAGGUUUUGAGAUAUUUUAGGAAGGAUGGACAUAAUUGGCGAAAGAAAAAAGAUGGAAAGACCGUCAAGGAAGCUCAUGAAAAGCUGAAGGUCGAUAGUGUUGAUAUGUUGCACUGCUACUAUGCUCAUGGUGAAGAUAAUGAAUGCUUUCAGAGGCGUAGCUAUUGGUUGCUAGAAGAGGAAUUCAUGCAUAUAGUUUUUGUGCAUUACUUGGAGGUGAAGGGUAACAGGAACAGUGCCAGGGUGACUGAACCUGUAAUUUCCAUUUCCCAGAUUAGCAACUCUAUGUCUAGCAGUGUUUCGAACAGUUACAAUGAUGCUUUUACCGGAAAUGCUGGAUCACCAAGUGCAGCUAGCAGUUUGAAUUCUUAUGAUGAAAUUGAAUCUGAUUGGGUCAUUCCAAAUUUUCUCGAUUUUAUCUAUUGGGCACUUUAUGCAGAUGAUAAUCACCUGGCAAUUUCAAGGUACCUUUCUCCUUGUUUCUUGCAUGUAGAAGCAGGAUUUGAAAAUAAUAAGAUGGGUGCCCUCUUAAACUCUACCUUUCUGCCUUCAUACCAGCAAGAGUAUAAAGGGCCUCAACCAUUGGAUUAUGUUUCACUUGUUCAACAAGGAGUUGGAACUAAGGACGAUAAUCAAUUUAAAACACUUGACUUGGCUUCAUGGGAAGAAGUCUUUCAACAGAGUACUAGAGGCUCAGAAAAUUUACAGGCAAAUCCGUUGGUGUCUGCAGCUCCUCUUUUUGGAAGCACUGAUGUUUUUAAUGAGAACUUCAGCCUGUUUUUGGAUGCUGGCUUUGGUGUCAAUUCUAUGGCAGGAGGUUCUUUAGCUUCAUACUUGCCGAAUUACAAUCCAUUAAGCACAGAAUUUCCUGACAAUACGAAUGUCUCUGUUAAUGCAAAGCAUCCAUUGCUAGGAAACGUUGUAACGGGGGAGGGCUUGCAAAAAGUUGACAGCUUUUCCAAAUGGAUGUCCAAGGAAUUUUCUGGUGUAGAUGACUUGAAUUUGAAGUCAUCUCCUGAUUAUUCAUGGCAGAAUAUUGAAACAUCUACUUCCGUUGAUGAUCCCUCAAUACAACAUGAGAACUACACAGUAAGCCCCUCGAUCGGCCAUGAUCAGCUCUUCGACAUUCAAGAUUUCUCACCUAGUUCUUCUUCCUCUGACACUGAAACAAAGGUUGUGAUCACUGGAAAAUUUUUGGUGGAUCCCGCAGAGGUGUUCAAGUAUAACUGGUCAUGCAUGUUUGGGGAAGUUGAGGUUCCUGCUGAAGUGCUGGGUAAUGGUAUUCUCUGUUGUUAUGCGCCAUUGCACAUGGCUGGACGAGUCCCUUUCUAUGUAACCUGUUCUAACAGGUUUGCUUGUAGUCAAGUGCGGGAAUUUGAAUAUCUUCUAGACAGUCAAAGGGCCAUCAACAGAAGUGUUUCUGGAGACAGUAUAAUGGAGCAGCAGCUUUGGCAUCGACUUCAAAAGCUACUCUCUCUGAAAAAUCCUGCAAAUUUGGAUCCAGUAACUGAGAGUUUUAGAAAGAAUGAACCAAAAUUUAGUAAAAUUCUUCUAUUGAUGGAAGAUGAGCUUUGUUUCGGGGUUGAACAACAGCUGAAAGAGAAAGUAGUCUCUUGGCUUUUUGAUAAGGUAAGUGAAGAUGGAAAAGGACAAAAUGUACUUGAUGAACAGGGGCAAGGGUUGCUGCAUCUAGCAGCUGCGCUUGGUUUGGAUUGGAUUAUCCCUCCUACUGUAGCUACAGGUGUUAGUGUAAAUUUCAGGGACGUAUGUGGAUGGACCGCACUUCAUUGGGCUGCAUUUUAUGGAAGAGAGACGACUGUCGCUCUUCUAGUUGCACUGGAAGCUGCAUCAGGAGCAGUAACAGACCCUUCACCAGAAUUUCCUUUGGGUAGAACUGCUGCAGACUUGGCUUCAGCUAAUGGAUUCAAAGGGAUAUCUGGUUUCCUUGCAGAGCAUUCUUUGACUGCUCACCUUGAGACUCUUACAAUGACUGACCGAAUGUUAGAUACUCCGUUGGAUGAUUCUAUGAACAAAGCUGUACAUACAAUGAGAGAGAAGGUGGCAACUCCACGUAAUGAAGGUGAUGGAUCAGAUUUGCCAUUAAAGGACUCCUUAGCUGCACUUCGCAAUGCUACUCAAGCUGCUGGUCGUAUCCACCAAGUUUUCAGGAUGCAGUCUUUCCGAAGGAAGCAUGUCAGUGAAGGUGCUGGACCUUAUGGUAAUUAUGAGUCUUUGCUCAGUGAUGAACAACUUCUUUCACUUGUUUCAUCCAAGAUUCAGAGGCCUGGACGACCUGAUGAGCAAACCCAUUCUGCUGCAAUACGUAUCCAGAAAAAAUUUCGUGGAUAUAAGAAGAGGAAAGAAUUUCUGAUUAUUCGCGAACGUGUUGUUAGAAUCCAGGCCCAUGUAAGAGGUCACCAGGUUAGAAAACGUUACAAAACGGUUGUCUGGUCCGUGGGAAUACUGGAGAAAGUUAUUCUGCGGUGGAGACGGAGAGGGACUGGAUUAAGAGGUUUUCGUCCUGAUGCCCUCAAUAACGCAUCCAGCACACAGGGGACACAAGAUGUACAGAAGAUUUCUUCUGAAGAUGAUGAUUAUGAUUUCCUGAAGGAUGGAAGGAAACAAACGGAAGAACGUCUACAAAAAGCACUUGUUCGGGUGAAGUCCAUGGUUCAGUAUCCUGAUGGAAGAGCACAGUAUCGAAGGAUUCUGACUGCUGUAGAAGGUUUUCAGAAGAAUCAGUGCCUGAGUGGACAGUUCAACCCGCUGAUCUUCCGAAUCAUUCAUCAAGUGUAUAACAAGACCUAGCAAGAUUGAUUUAAUUCUUCUGUGGCCAAUUGUACUCCUCCAUUCCUCUCAACAACAUUGUGAUUUACUUUUGGUUUACAUCAUUCAUGUUUGUGAAAGCAUUGUUUUCAAUGGUUGGUUUUUGAUGUAGGGUCUAUCCUUUGUCCUUUCAGCAUGGGUGUGUAUGUGAGACUUGUUAAAGGAUUUAAGACAUAGCCUGAUGCUGCAUGAAUUAUUCAAACUUGUUUGCCUUGCUGCCUUUAAACGCUUGAACUUGUUAGGUAACUGUUGUCAGAGUAUUUAGUGCCCGUUUUGUAGUUUGUGGCACAUAUUGGUAACGGUAACAUAUUUAGGCGUAAUUUUGCAAGGAACGUCCCAAAUAGCCUUCGUCCUUAAUAAAGCAUUUUGUACUUGGCAUUGGGUUGCUUGCAUGUUGUAGCCUAAACGAUAGUUACGCGGAUUGCGGAACGGAGCGUGAUCUACGACCUUGAUCGCUCGUUCCUCAUCACAGGUCAAUCUCUGUUUCAGUUCAACGGUUGACAGUUCAUAUAUUGCAUGGAGAGUAAUGCAAGAGGAGAGAGAGUUGUUGAGCAAACUUGAAGAAUAAUGGAGGAAACAAAGAGAUGAAGAAUGGAGGUUAUUGUAAGAGCAGAGAGAAAUGAAGAGGUAUCAAGAAAUUUUGCAUACGAGGGAAACCAUUUAAUCUUUUCUUUUUUCUUUUUUUUUAAUUGGAAGGGCUAGCAUUUAUUACUGAGAAAGUGCCUGAGUUACUGUAGCUAUGUUCCGUGUUUCUGUUCCACAUUCCUGUUUCGAAGUGAAUUCUGUUCCAGGUAAUUAUGCCCAAAACCCAUUACCCUUUUAGAAAAGGAAUUGAGUGUUAAUGAAAAUUCAUAAAGAAAAGGGAUAUUGGGUCUGGGAGUGGAUUAGCAUUUCUCCCUGGGGUUUCCUUGCAAAAUACAGUCGUUUUCCUUACCACACAAUUGUUUUCCUUACUAAUGGUGUUUGAUUUCUUGAGUGAGUUUUGUAUGUGUAUUAGCCUCUUCCAUAACGCAAGUUGCUGAAAAAUUUUGAUUUUUUUUUUUUCUGACUUUUUCCUUCGACCUUUGGGCAAGCAGGUCCAUAAAAACACCCUAAAAAAUUCAGAAGAUGUUCCAGUUGAAGGCGAAGAAGACAUGAUUGAUGUUGAAAGCUUACUGGAUGUUGCAUUUGAAUAAUAUUUGCUCGUCUAAUUUUUGCUUGAAUUUGUUUAACUUGUACAUAAGUGAACUUCUGCACUUUAAUUGGAUGAAAGGUAAUAGUCUACCAUUGUAAAUAAUAAAUACUAGAAGUAUACAGCAUCAAGUAGGAGAAUCUUUAUGAGACUGAUGUGUAGAAUGUUGACAUUCUAUAGUUUGACACCACAGUUUAGUUGUAAAAGGCUCGUUUGAACAACAUUGAAUUUGUUAAAAAUGGGAAUUAUUCUCU